AUGCAUUGUGGAAUCACUGUUAUCCCGCUCAUUUGGAUUGAGACCUUUUCCGAGAAACGAGAGAUCGUCGAAGGUGGCCGUCCCACUCCUGAGUUGCAAGGACUACAUACAACAUCCAAGCGAAGUGGUAAAGUCUUUAUUCGAAGUUUUCAGACGUCAAAUUACGACAAGUACAAAUGGCUGGCUGGCUCCUCAAAAUUGAAUAAGUUAUUUUGCUGGCCGUGUCUUUUGUUCAACUCAACAGACAAGACAGUCUGGUGCAAGAAGGGAUACGAUGAUUUGGCCAACCUGUGUAAUGCCGUCAACAGACACGAGAAAACGAAGACACACUUGUCCAGUUGCCUAAUGAAUGCCAGUUUUGGGCGUACACGCAUCGACAUGCAGCUAGACGAACAGGCCCGUCAACACAUCUCAGCUCACAACUUGAUGGUGCACAAGAAUAGAGAAGUACUUCGCCGUUUCAUUGAUGUUGUUUGCUUUCUUGGCAAACAGGAACUUUCUUUCAGAGGUCGGGUGGAGCUGGAGGAGUCUGCCAACAGGGGCAAUUACGUCGAAUUGAUAAAACUGCUAAGUGCAUAUGACCCCACGCUUGAACAGCAUCUUCAUACAGCAACCGUGUUUUCUGGACUUUCUAAUCGUAUCCAGAACGAUUUGAUUGUUGCUGUCAAGGACGUUAUGUUGAAAGCAAUAAAAGAUGAAGUGAUGAGGAGCCCAUUUGUCGCUAUUUCCCUGGAUGAAACCUCCGACGUUAAGACCUUAUCGCAGCUAACAACUAUAGUUCGCUAUGUCAACCCAGAUGGUAAAGCUGUGGAGCGCUUUCUUGGAUUUACCGAUGUAAGUGAGGAUAGAACUGCGGCUAGACUGAAACAAGAAGUCGCUGUCUCGUCAACUAAAGAGUGUCGUAUAUUUUUUAAAACCGUCACUGGUCUUUCAUCCUUUUUUCACGCCUCGUCCAAGAGAACAUACCUGUUGGACACAGUUGUCGGCAGACGCAUUCCCACUGGAACAGCUGUUCGAUGGCACUAUCAGAGCAGGUUAAUCCAUGCUGUACUGGAGACAAGAGCAAAGCUGCUCGAAGUUUUCGAAUACAUCAUCGAAAAUGAUGACGAGUUUGACGGUACGACGUUAAACGAAGCGAGGGGCUACCGACAAGUUCUUGCAGAUUUCCAGUUUGUGUUCUGCCUUAAAAUAUUUUCAGAAAUAUUUGGUCUUACGGAUGUUUUGUAUAAUAUCAUUCAGAGUAAGCAGUUCGAUAUUGUCUUCUGUGUCACGAAAGUUCGCGAGACGAAAGAUAAGAUUCAAGAACAACGAACAAAAUUCGUAGAUUAUUGGAAUUUUACGUCAAGUAUCGUCAAAGUAGCACUGAAACGCGGGCAAAGUGAAGAGGAUGUAAAGGCGUCCUUCCGUCAAAUGUUUUUCUGUGUAGUCGAUACCAUUGUCGUGCAGAUUGACUCUAGAUUCGAAAGUCUUAACAGCAGAGCAUUCGUUUCUUUGUUGGAUCAUUCAAAGCACGAAUUGUACAGCCGGAAUUUUCCCGAACGAGAGCUGCAAUCGUUGCAAGAUUCAUAUGGAACAUUCUUUAAUCUUCAAGCACUAAAAGUGAACUAA